ACUCGUAAACCAGUUUAGUUCGAAAAUGAAAAGCUUGAGGCUUCACCACCACACAAUAAGACCGCAAUCUCUGCGCUUGCCACAGCAGCCAAAGGUAAAACGGAGCGUCAGCGGCAACAAGUGGUAGCCUCAGGCGCCAAACAACCGCAGCCUCAGGCGUGCCCCCUUGCAACCUCACAAAGAAGCCCCAAAGCUCUUCACCAUUGGUCCAGCGGGAUGCUGCGGCCCCGAGGAGCAGAGAGGGAGGCCCCGCGGCUGCGCCAACCAUCAGUAGUUGUCUGUACGCUGAAGAGUUCGUGUCUUGCGUGCCACCCGAUUCUCGACUUUCCGUUCCGACAAAGUUACGACGAUAAAUCGUCGACGUGACGUGCUUUUACCGCGACCGCUAGCCUUUCAACCGGAGCCACCAAGUAGCUGUUAUUUACUAACUUUCCUCUCUCAAUCAAUCAAUCAUCAAUCGACUUGCCACUCUGAACUUUCCUGAGAACAUUUUUCGCAAAAAAGUGAUUGCCUGUGGAUGUUCCGAUGAGACUGAAGGGUUGAUUGGUUACCAACCGAAUGACGUUACUGGUGGACUUACAAGCGCUGACUUUGCCUGGUGACCUACAACUGGAUGGUGGAUGUUCUCAAUGUUGUUGAAUCCGCCCUGCGGAUACUUUCUUAGUGAUGAUGUGCAGUGUGGUGUGGCGAUUGUUGUGUAGGAGCAUGACCCAUGGAUAUUUUCUCUUGCUGUUCUUCCUGCUGCUGAGUGUUUUGCAGUGCACGCAUGGCUCCGGCAUUUUCGAGUUGCAAGUACUUGAGAUGGCCAAUCCGCGUAGCGAAUUAUCGACUGGACAAUGUUGUGGGGGCGGGCAACGUUCCCCAAUAACUAGCCGUUGUUCCACUCCGUGCCAGACUUUUUUCCGGUUGUGCCUGAAGGAAUAUCAGAGUAAUGUGACAAGCACGGGAUCCUGUUCCUUCGGGAAUACGUCCGGCCAAGUGUUGGGACGCGACACCUUCACUCUUGCCGAUCCAGAAAGAGGACGCCUGGUUCUGCCGUUUACGUUUCGAUGGACGGUAAGUUUUCGCAUUUUGGUCAAACCGGGCAAUUUAUCAGUCUACGCUACGGAAUAUUCGUUGAUUUUUCCGCAUUAUCUCAGCUAACUAUCG